CUCGGCUAAACUUGAGAGCUUUGGGGUUCUUGGUUUCAUCGUUCAUUGCAGCACCCAUCACCAAACAAACCCGGGCAGCGAUCCUUCGCACCCAUCUAAACCUCUCUAUUGUUGGCAAAACAUAUUUAGCUAAUACUAGUUGCUCGCCCCGUGGGCCGUGCAGUAUCUAGUGGAUGGAUCAUGGACCCCAUGGUCAAAGAAUGGACGGUGUUCCUUGAUCGAUGCUUGAACCAGCGCGUGCAGGCCCAGUUAUUCGACGCUGCAACUGCACAACUACACCGAAGAUCGCCAUUGCCCGGUCGCAAGCUUGCUGCUCUUCUACUCAAACCACGAUCGUCUGGUGCAAGUACUGUUGACCCACGCGUAAUCAUCUAUCUUGAGCGCCUGCUAGCGCUGAAGAAGGUUGACGCGUCAGAUGUUCUUUCUGCCACCUUCUACUAUUCCAAGGACCGACAACCAAAGACCGGCGAAGAUGGGUCGGACAGAGAGACGAGAUGGAGCAACCCACCCGAAUUGGAGGAAGUCGUGUGCCAUCGACUUCACAAAACUUUCGCCGCCGAGGAGCGCCCUUUCAACAACACGGAAGGGUUACAGACACUGAUUGUUAUUACAAGAUGGAUGCAAGCCGUAGUCACUUCACACACGAGUGACACAAUGAUGCAGGCCAUGGCUGGUAUUGCACAGCAACCACAACAACAGUCUAUCAACGUUCGCGAAGCUUUGGGUGUGCUUGUCGUCGGCCUAAUCGAAAAUUCGAAGAUCCUCCUGAUACUCAAUCAUCCCACAGCCCAAGAUCUACGCAAACGCUUGGCUCACUCGCUGGCGUCUUUUAUCCCAUUUUUAUCACACAAUUCCUUGGGUUCGCAAUCCUCAUUGGAGAUCGCCAACAGGUUAGAGAUGUCCCAGAAACAACAUGAGCUCUACGAAAAGACCACGACAAUUGGAGGCGUACCGAACGAAAAUGCAAAUUUGGAGGUUGCUGCCUUGCAGCUUGAAGCUGUCAUGGACCUUCCAACUGUAUCUACAAGAGCAGGACUAUUCGUAACUCUUAAUUCAUUGCUCGUUGCUCGACCGCUUACCGAUGAUUUCACAAUUAUCAACUACUUACAUUCGAGAUACAAGAUCGACCCCCAGAAUAUGGCCACAGAUCUAAUCACCGCUUCUUUCGAUGUCCUUGCCAACGCAAUGUACCGUAGCGAACCCGUGUCGACUAUGUUCUGCCUCAAGUCAUUCUUGAUCAACAAAGUUCCAAUAUUACUCUUGCAACUCUCGGGUUCGAUUUUCCCCAUGACUCCUGAGAUCUCGAUAACCCAAGCACUCAGUCACGUCGACCCCAACGCCUUCCCUGCAUUUUCGCAGGGCUUUGACGACAUCAUGGGUGGUAACAACUCACUUUCCGAUGUGAGGCAGAAUUUUCUAAACGCAUGUGCACUCCAUGGUCAUAUAACUACGAGCGCCGUUGAACGACUCCUCGGCGAGACCCCCUUGCAAGGACCGCCUACAACGAGAUAUGAGAAGAAAACGCUGCUGGACCAGUGCAAGAACAACUUUGACAAAGUCAACGCGUACAUCGAUGAGAUGGAGAAUCUCGAUGGUAACGCCGGUGCUAUCGUUAGCGCUGUCACCGAGUUCAUUGCACAUCUCUGUGAGACACAGGUUACGAUGCACCUGAAGCAGAUCUGCAAUCUAUUGUCGAAGAAGCCGCAGUGUCUAGAUGUCAUGUUGCAAUUCACUUCGCCUGUCAGCAUCUUGCAACCACUUUGCAAAUUUCUCGAUGACUGGCACUACGACAGCGACCAAGGUGAAUAUCAGCCUGUGUAUGACGAGUUUGGAGCGAUACUUGUGUUGAUCAUGGCAUUUGUGUAUCGCUACGAUCUCUCACGCACAGACAUUGGCAUUGGGCAAGAGUCUUUCAUCGCUCGACUAAUUGAGUCUGCUAACCACAGUAUUGCGCCAGAUGACUUGACAGAAAACGAAGGCAAACAUCUCGCUAGUUGGUUGAAAGGCCUGUACGAUUCAGGAAAUGAAGGCCUCAGUAACGAUGUGUUUGCCUCAUGUCGCCCCCAAGACUUUUAUCUAAUCGUACCAACAUUCUUCAGCCAAACGAUCAUGGCAUGCUCGGCAGGUGUAUUGUCGAAUGAGACUGUCAAAAGCGGCUUGGAGUAUCUUGGGGAGACGUUUCUUUUGCCGUCGCUGAUCGGAGGCCUGACUUGGAUGGCAAGUCAUGCUCUCAAACAGACACACAACGAUCUCGAUGCGAUGUUGAGAAUCUUCCACGAUGCCAUCCUCACAGUACCUUCUUCUGGAGACGCGCAAGCAAUGCAUUCUACAAUCCUUGCGCUGGUCUCUAGUCGCUUGGAGAAGUGCCUCCGCACGUUGCAGCGGCGCGAACCAGCGCGAACCAACAUCGAGCCCUUACUGCAAGGUAUCAAAAACAACGCACAUUACGACCGCUCAAUCCACGCAUCGACCCGAGAACUAGAGCAAUGGACGAAUGCACCAAACAGCACACUAAAUACAGCUCUGCGACAUACCAUACAGCAGCUGGCGCAAUGGGCGUCUACCGCUGCAAUCAACCCGAACCCUCCCAGCUACACGCACCGCCAAGUCUACGCCACAUUGAAUACGUUGGGAACGUACCAGACCGUGCGGGCAAUCGUAGACGAGAUCAAAGCACAGACGGAAGCCGGUAAUGGAGCGGCUGCAUUGGAUAUUGGUGUGUCGAUCAUCUGCGCGCCGACCGUUGAAGACAGCCCCAUACCGAUAGAGUGGAUAGGGAGCUCAAUCCCUACACCGGCGCCACCGCGCACAAGGAUGAACCUGCGGGAGAUGCUCAAGCACGUGUUCGACAACGCCGCCCCUUUGGUCACGACAGAUCCGUCGAGUGCAGAAGCAGUCGUGCGUUUGCACAGACGUGUGGAGGCACAACUGUCAUCGAUCGGCCAAGUGGGACUUCAGGCACCAGUCAUAAGCCUCCCGAGUGUCAGUAUCAACGACAUGCAAGCUCAGUCGAUCAGUGACGAUAUCAACAAAGCCAUGGAGGAUGCGGCAAAUGCCAGCCUUGCAAACGACCUCGAGAUACCGAGCAUGGAUAAGAAGGCGUUGGAGCGCAGCAUGGAAGAGCUCACAGGCCCAGCAGGCUUGGAUCUGGCGAACAUGGGCAUGGACCCUGGCGACAACAUGACAGGUGACAUGACAGCCAACCUGGGUAGCCUUCCGGAGCUUGAUCUUGGUGACAUGAACAACAUGGGAAUGGAGAUGGACAUGGACAUGGAAAUGGACAUGAACAUGGGAGGCGGCGGCGACGACGACUGGGGGUUGGACUUUGACAACAUGUAGGACAUGGUCUGGGUCUUCGAGGGGUAGAGGUAGCGCACCCACUUGCAGCAGAUUGAGCUAGGUUCAAGAAGUAUUCUUAUGCAGAGGCUAGAACAGCAAGACGCAGGCUCUGCACAGGCAGUUCGAAAAGUUACGGCACCUAUGUAUAGCGAAA